CCGACAGUGUUCCAGGUGUACCGUCACACACACACACAUAUACACAUUAUCACAGAACAAGUUUGCCGACCGAGUGUUCCAACUUUGUCUCAACAUAGUGUUAUACCGCGCAAACUUCACGAAUCACACGAAAAUGGCGUUCUUACAGUGCACAUUAGCCGCCCUCCUCCUGCACGUGGCCUGUGGAAGUUACCUGGCUCACCGCGCCGCUUACCACGGCGGCUAUGCCGCGCCGGCCGUGUCGUACGACUACCCGUCUUAUUCGGCUUACCCCGCUUACUCGGCGGCCAGCACUUACCACACCGACUACCCGAGCUACUCGAAACCAGUGGACUACUACUCGCCGCCCAAGUACUCUUUCAACUACGGCGUCAAAGACUACCACACCGGCGACGUUAAGGACCAAUGGGAAGAGAGAGACGGCGACGUUGUAAAGGGCGAAUACAGUCUGGUCGAACCGGACGGCACCACCCGCAAAGUGACGUACACCGCCGACGACCACAACGGUUUCAACGCGGUCGUCCACAAGUCCGGCCACGCUCACCACCCGGCCACGGUGCCCGCUCACCACUCACCCCUCUACCACGGUUACCGCCGUUAACCGGCCAACGUACCGUUUACGUUACCGGUUAGGUUAGGUUAGGAUCUAACCUAACCGGCCCUACCACGUUUCCCGGGCGAGUUACCGAAGUUUUUAUAUACAAAAAAUAACGCUAAUUAAUAAGCAAUAAGUAUUUAAUGUAAGUAACAAUAAGUAUUUUUAUAGCAAAUCAAAAAAAGCAAAACAAAAUGCAUGAAUCAGGUAUGAUUUAUAAUCGUGUUAAGUAUUUUUUUUUUUUUAUAUAUAAUAUUAAUCGACAUUCCCAAUGUAUUUUUUCUCUAUUGUUUUCACAUUCUCUUUCUGACUUUCUUAUUAGUUUUUUUUAAUCCUUUAUGAUAUUACACUACGACUUCGUGCACUACCCUUCGCUUCGACAAUGAUCUCCAACAUAAUAUUAUUAUGCUAGGCGCUUACUAAAAAUAUAAUAAUACUCACCAUCAUGAUGUUAUACUAAUUUUAAAAAAAAAAUGUUAAUGUUUUUUCAUUUUAAUCAAAAUUGUUCGCUAUACUUCUUACUUUAUCAUUUUAUACUUGUACUCGUGUAUUUCUUUUUUUUUGUGUGUGUGUGUGUUCGCUGUUGUAUUUUAACUUUUUUUUGUUCUGAUUUUACAAACGUUUGAGGAUUGUAACCCGGUUUAAUAUUCCUCGUGUGUUGCUGUAUUGUAAAGCCAAACAUAGAUCUUCGAAUUUAUACUUAUUUAUGUCUUCGCGCACUUUUGUAUUCCGUUUUGUACAUAUUUUUCUUUCGCAAUUGCUCAUCAUAUUAUUUUGUAUUAAAUAAAAGGUAUUUUUUUGCUUAAAA